UAUCGCACGUUUUCCCUUGCCAGUUAGUCAAAAGAAAAGCAAAAGCCUAUUAUUUCCCAGCCUCUUCAGGGAACGUGGGUCGGCACAAUCAAGAGAAUGUCGACCUCGACGCCGUAAGUGCUGGACAGAGACCAAGAGCACCGAGGAAGCCUCAAGGACGCCCCGAGGGAGCAGCGGAGACGCAGGUAUAUAUACGUAUCAACCGCUUGCCCAGCCCCCCCCAGAGCAGCGGUAGGUGGGGGCCAUUGAUUCGCGGUAACUCCCCGCGUGCAUCGCACGACGUCGGGUUAGAAUUCGCGAGCACCCGGACAACUGUCGCGUGUGUUAACCUAGUCGUUGGCGCAGUCUUCCCCGUUUCUGGCGGUUACUUUUGAGUAGAUCACGCGUGUGACGAAAAAAGCCGGCGUGGUCGCCUGCACUUGUCCUUAUCACUCUUAUCUGAAAGUCCGUUAGACAUGUCAGAACCGACAGCUGAGCCCGUUGAGUCGGUUCAGCAGCUCGAAGAAGUCGAGUUGCAGCCGCAGCAAAAACAAGUGGAGGGACAAGCGAAAGAGGAGGCAGAGCUCGUUCAACCUGAAGAAGAAAAAGAAGAUAAGGUGAUUGUCGAGUCCACGGUUAAUGAAGAACAGACUAAUGAAGUUCAGAAGCAACAGCAGGAAGAGAUCAUGGAACUACAGCCUGAAAAUGAGUCAUCUGAGCCUGAGCCUAGUGGAUUGACUUUAGAGGACCCACUAGAGCAGAAACCUGAACAUCCUGUGGAACAGGAGGAGCAGUUAGAUAGUGAGGAGGAAAAUCAAGAAAAAGAACGUUCUUCGGAAAUAUCACAUGGGUCUCAAGACACUAUUCCAAUGCCUGCUGAAAGUAUGUUACAAGAAAGAGCCAUUGAAGAUGAGGAAAUGCCUGCAAUGGUUGCCGUUGAUAGUUCUCAAGUAAUUGAAUCAGGUGCCAACUUCAAGCAAGAAGAAAGAUAUAGUCCUAAGCCUAUGCCUAAAAAAGUUGAAGAUAGUGACAGUGACAGUGUAUGCGUUAUAGAUGAUGACGACGAUGAUGAAUAUGACAAAGGCGAAGAGGGUGAGGAAGAAGAACAUUCAUAUGAUGAAGACGAGGAUGAAGAGGAUUAUGUAAGUUCUUCGUAUGAUGACGAUGAUGAAGAAGAAGAAAUAGAAAGACAACGGUACAAAAAUAACUAUGAUAGAAGACAAACAACAAGACCUGAGAGAAAAAUAGAAAAUGAAGAUGAUGAUGAAGAUUAUGACGAGGAUGAGGAAAUGGAAGAUGACGAUGAAGUAGAAGAAUGUUACAAAGAAGACGGCACAGAAGAUGACUCCGGGCCAGAUUAUUUUGAUGGUGGUUCUGAUGAUUUGGUUCUUAGGCAUAGUAAUGGUCUUAACAAGCAGGUCAAAGAGCGAAGUGCUUCACUACAGGAUUUAAGUUACUCUAGAGAUCAUUCAAUAAAAAAUAGACGUAAUGUAAACCCCUUAAGCCAAAAAGCAAGAUUUGAAAGGAAUCAAGAGCGCAAGGCAACUCCAGGAAAAUACGAUUACGUUCAAAGUAAAGUCAAACAGUACAUAAUAGACAUGUCAGAACAAAGAAAAAUAUCAACUGAAAAACGUAAAAAAUCUCAAGAAGAAGUCAAAAAUAGGCAAGAAGAAUUACUUGAAUCACAAGCGCGUAAAAAUGAAGAGAUGGUUAUGACUUGUAAAACAAUAAAAAAUUAUACAGAGAAAGCUUUAAAAGAAGUAGCAGAGGAAAGUAACCGGUUUUACGUCCCGCAGCCAUUUGACAACGGUGAAAUAACUAUUAAUUUCUUACCCAAGCAAGGAGUAGAUGAUAGACAAUCAGCAAUGAAUCAAGAGUCAAUGGACGUAGAUCCGAUUGCGAUUGACGAUCCAAGAAAUGACGGAAGAGUUGGUAGGAUGAAUGGUACUGCUACGAAUGAUGAUCCAAAUAACUAUGUAAACGCUAAAAAAGGCAUACGCAGGCGUGAUGAAUUUUCUCCCAAAUUGUUGGUUAAUGGAGAGGAUUCUGGCAACGUUUCUAAUUUACGGUCGCUAUCUUACGAAGAAUACAUGAAAGGUCCCUCUAAUGAGGAAUUUAUCGACGAAGUUAUGGGUGAUGAAAGAACAAUCAAUCAAAUACCAAACAUUACUGAAAAGUGUAAUAACAAUGACGUCGACGAGCCACCAUGUAUUCUGGAAAUUAAUAGUGUUACAAGUAACUAUUGCGCUGCAGAAAGAAUAGAUGAGGAAGAGGAUCUUCAAAACAGAAAAACUCCCGUUAUGAUUAGUCAAUCGACAGAAACAUUUAACCAAGAGCAUCCUGAUGUUCAUAUUUUAAGGUCACAGCUGCAUCAGCAGAACGGGCAAUUCGAGAACCUUCGAAAUAUCUAUCAAAAAACGUUGUCGGAAAACAUGUCAAUGAAAAUAGAAUUAGACAACUUGAGAAAGAUCGUUACGUAUUAUCAAGAAAAAGAAAAACUAGUGCCAGAAAAGAAGACAGCUGCGAUCCAAACUGACAGCAAGUCGUCCGGUCCAGCUCUUAAUAUGCCGCUCAUCGACAUAGAUUGUGAAGAUGACGAACAAAUCGAUCCAAAAUCGGCCGUCAACAGUAUGUCAACAAUUAACACACAGUGGUCGGAUAGUACAAAUAGUGUCGCGCCCUCAAUAGACCCACCACCCAGCAUGAAGACUGCCUUAUUUUCAGACGAUAGUGUAACAACGCAAGGCAGAACGCCUAAGCCUAAGAACCCAUUUUCUCGAGCUUUCGUCACUUCAAACAAAAUUCUACAAACUCUGUCGAACAUCACGACUGGCAAAGCAAAAUGGGACAGGUAUGGCAAGAAAAGCCCUAGUCCCAAGCAUCAAAUUCCUGAAAUUGUGAUAGAUUCUGUACAGUCGAAUCAACAUAGUAAAGCUGGGCCAUCAAGGAAACGAAAAGCCUCCGACAAUAUCGAUGAACAUGUUCAGCCAUUCAAAGUUCCUCAUACUACUGCCGAAACUCAAAUCACUAAUCCCAACGACGAGGAUAAGACGAUUGAUGAUGGUAGUGCUACUUCACAAACCACAAAGCAGUCAAAAGACACCCAAGAAUCGGAUGAAGACGUAAAAAUAUUUUUGUAUCCAGAAGAUGAAAAUGGUAAGGAGCACAGCUUUUUGAUCCAAGCCAAGGAAGUGGGCCCCAAUCAGAGUAAAGGAGUUCGAGAGUGCGGUCCUUAUUUAUUGGGGAACGUUGAGGUGUACAUGACGGAAGUAAACGGUACAAUCAACAUAUGGGGUAAAGAACUAAAUCAGGAUUUCAUUAACCAAAACCUAGACGAAUCAGAGUCGUCGCCGCGAUCGAAAAAUGCGAAAAUGGACGUCCGCUGGCAAAGCACUCCUCGUAUGUUAACUAGAAACCUCUCAGCCUCGACGAGCAAGAAAUCGAGGGUAGUACCAAGAUUCAAUCAGCAGCAGCAUAAUCACUCUUGUGAGACAGUCAACAGUGUAGACAACGAGCUGUAUAAUCACCAUCAUUGUCAUCGAACUUUGGUGCCAGCAUGCUGCCAGAGUCACGAAAAUCCGCCUUGUUGCUCUCGAAUCAGAGUCGAGGAGGACUACUGUGGUUGCAGAUAUCAGACCGACAAGCGCAACACUAACUGCAAAUCCCACCUUCAAGAUCUCGGUAGGCACUCUCUGCCCAACGUUUAUCAAGAAUUGGCUUGCUGCAACAGUCGCCAUAGUCAUUGCAGAACAGCUGCCGCAUGCGGUAAUCCAUUCAAGCAGAGGUCUUUCGUGAAUCAAAACUCCGAGCCCACUGACGACGAGAUCGAAUUAGACGAGGAUAUUUUACAGCUCAGCUCGAAACUCAAUCAGUCUCACAAACAAAACACCCUGCAUUCCCCCAGCCCUAGUAACGAAACUAAUGAAAAUGACAAUGAUCCGCUCAUUCCUCAAAAACACCAUUCAGAUGAGCCAGAGACGCGUAAGCAGAAAUUUGGCGGCAAAAGAGUGCGAGGGAUACUGUUAGAUUUGUUGAAAAUGAAUUGCGGAGACUGUAAAUCAAUGGACUCUGGGACCAAUCCAAGUACUUCGAUGUACGAACCAAGUCCUGCUAUUUUAAGAGCUGUUGCUUGUUCGCCGAGUCAACCGACUUGUUCAUCUCGUUCUAAUGAAAAAUGCUCAACUUGUCGCAUAAAAAAAGAUAAAGCUUCUGAGUUGCAAACUCAGCUAGAGUUCUUCCGUAACGAAAUUGAAAAAAUUAGCACCUACUCGGCCACGAUGCGCGAUAAGUUGGAUUCGUUGUGCAAGGAGGCUAAAGAAAAAUAAGUCUAAAACUUUAAAAGUUCUUUGUAAAUAGUUGGCAGAAGAGGCAUUGGGUCUUCUUUCGAUCUCAGUGGGGCACGUGUGUUCGACGCGGCUCGAAGGAGGAGGAGGAGGUGGUGGUCUCUGAGGACAGCCGCUGGAAUUUGCAUUUCGGCUGUGCAUAUCUUGGCGUUGAGGAAAAAAACAAUCGUCCCCAGCUCUUGAGGCUCCCCCGGCUAGUCGCGCGCAAUUCGGCGAUCGUCGCUCUUUACACGCACUGGGAAUUCCUACAUUGAUGGAGUUUAAUUUUGUUUUUUAAUAAUUUUUAGUUAUUUAAUUCUAUUUCAACCAGUGAUAGCGCAAAAAAAAAAGCAUGAAGUGUACAACUUCAAUGGACUAACGAUAAUCGUUUAAAAUCUUGAGAGCUGUACCUACAAUUCCAUUUUUAUUUUUUUGUAACUAUAAAGAUAACUUAUAUUUUUGCAGAUAUUAGAUCGAUGUUAGAUUUGUACACGUAUUUAUGACACAAGUACUUUUAAGCUGAGUAUAAGAAUGAGAAGUAAAAUAUGUAUGGAUAGCUCGCAUUUGAAUGAAACGUGUAACUCAAAGUAAUUUUAAACUAUCCUAAUUUCUGAUGAAUAUAAAAUAAACAUUCCCAAAUUUUAUUUUUAUGUA